UUAGCAAUUAAUUUUAUUAUAACACACAAGAUAUAAAACAAACCAUGAUAUAAAUUAUUUCUCUCGAUGAAAAACCAGGUCUUUACAGAUUUGGUACUUAUCAAAACAGCUGUAUAUACAAUUAGUCAAUCCGUGUGUGGGAAGUACGUAGCUACCUUGUGGAGAUCACAUACAUAUAUAUGUGAUGUGAAAUGUAAGCCAGUGUUGUUGCGCGUAGUACAAAAUCGGAUGGACUAUUUUUAUUAAAUCAUGUCAAUCUUUUACCAUAUAAGACAAAUUUUACAGAGUAUAGUCAACGAGUCUGACAUUCGAAAUUAAUGAAUUCUCAAUGGAAACUAGUCACGAUCAUUAUCUACAAUGUAAAUCAACGAAAAUAAGUUCCAACAAAACCUCGAACAGAGUAUUCUAACCUGAAAUGUGUUUAAUAUGUUUACAUUUAUUUUGUUUUUAAUUACGCUUUUUAUAGGUAUUUUUAGUGAAUCAAGAUGAGUUUGACAGAUUUGGUAUCAAAUAUUUUUGGGCCAAAUUAUUUUCAGGAUCUAAAUUCCUUAAAUCAUGAUUCAAGUAAUAAAGCAAAUGCUGAAAUCCAACAGAUAAUAAAUAUUAUUGAGGAACAUGUGAGUAAUACAUUUAUGAAAGAUUUUGUAAAUAAUGUAGAAGAUACAAGAGAAGGAAGACUUGGGCCAAAACUUGUCAGAUUAGAUACUUCUAGUUACCAUGGCUUAUUUAUAGCGUCUCCAGACAGACUUGCUGUUCAUUCGCAAAGUAAUUUCAGUACAUUGAGAGCAAAUACUGGUGUCUUUCAAGGUAAAUGGAUGUAUGAAGUUCAAUUAGGUUCAAAAGGUGUCAUGCAAAUUGGCUGGAGUACAGUCCAGUGCAAAUUUAAUCAAGAAUCCGGAGUUGGUGACAUUAUCAAUUCAUAUGCAUAUGAUGGCAAUCGAGUGAGAAAAUGGAAUGUGUCAACGCACAAAUAUGGAGAGUCUUGGCUUACUGGGGAUAUCAUUGGAUGUACAAUAGAUAUGGAUGAAGGCACACUAUGUUUUUACAGAAAUGGAAAAAGUUUAGGUGUGGCUUUUGAAAAUAUAUCAAUGGGCCCAGGUAUUGUUUAUUUUCCAACAGUCAGUUUGGCAUUUGCUCAAAAUCUGACUGCAAAUUUUGGAACAACACCAAUGAGAUAUCCUGUAGAAGGUUUUCAAUUACUUCAAGAAGCUCCAGUUUAUCAAUUGCAAAUAUCAAAAGCACUUUUCCAAUGGCUGGAAGCUUUACUUUUGCAAUACAGAGACAUAGAUGAAUUCGAAAAACAAUACAAGGAAGAACAAAUUAUAAGUGUCAGAGCCUUUUUGGCAUGUCUAGCUAGAAGCAUUUUCAAACAAAUUGGUCCACUUAUUGCAAUACCUUUUAUUACUCAAGAGAUUUUUGUGCCAUUUAUUAAAAAACUUGCAAAAAUUGACAGUACAUUGAUUUACAACUGCUUAGAUCUUAUGUGGACAUUUUCAGAGAAUCACGAAAUUAAGAGCUGUUUAGAAACUACUGUUGCCUACAUGUCUUCUGUAUUUCGUCAAGUUUCUAUAGUUCUAGAAUAUCCUGACCAACGUACAAUUCUGGAGUUACUGAACUGUUUGUGUCAACACACCAGAACUAGGCAACAUCUAUUGCAGUUUAUUUUAUUUGACAAAGUGAAAUUCGCAAAUUUCGUUCACGUUAAGCCAUUAGAUGAAGACUGUUUUAGUAAUGUUGUAAAUAAAAUAUGGUAUGAUACCAACCCCUUAGAUCCGUCAAUUGAAGCAAAUAAAGUGCAAUAUUUAAAGGCUUGUGAUAAAAUAAAGUAUUGGGCAUCAGAGGUGGAAGCACUCCAGGUGGAGCUUUUGACAAUACUUUUAAAUAAUAAUGAUGGCAGUGCGACCACGCCUACUUCAAGAACAAUGUUUUUAAGAAAGUUUCGACGUUUUGUUCAAGAAAAUUUAAUGUCUGGGCGUUCUGAACUUUUUCAGCCUAUGUCGAUGUAUCAGACUUCAUUACCGCUAACACUUUGCUGUUUUCACCGUCUAUUGGUGGCUUUUAGAAUUUUGUGGGAUAAUGAAAUUGGAACAAAUCUACACUAUAUACCCUGCAGAGCAUUCUGCGACGCGACGAUUGAUUAUUUAGGAAUUGAUAGACUAGGUGGAGUGAUAUCUCACCUCAACAAAACGUUCCGAAAUGACUUACUCCAAAUCCUUGGCAGCGAUCACGAAGUUCUUAAUGAAUCCAACGAAUCGCAAGCAACGACGAACACGCAAGAGGCAAGCGUCAGAGUUGUGGAUUCACCUGUAUUUUCAGUUUUCGUCCGAAUGAUGAACAUGAAUUCUAUAAACGUUGGAGGAUCAACACUUUUAGAAAGAAUAGGAUACCUUCCUUACUCCAGAGAGGAUAAUUCCCCAAUGAACUUGGGUUCGGUAGACUCAGCUGUUUCUUUAUUCGAAUUAUUAGAUGGAAUUAUUUUAUUUUAUCACGCUGCAGCGAAAAAGCAAGUUGCCAAAGUGGCAAGCAUAAGAGAGAUCAUGUUAGAAUAUGCCGUAGCUAUCUCAGACUUGAAGACACGUUUAGAUUUGGUGAAAAAUUUGAAGGACGACGAGUCUUUGAGCGUGCAAUUACAAUUACAGAAAACUAUUGACAUUUUUAACAAAAAAUUGAGUGAACAGGUUCGCCACAUGGCUUGGGUCAAGGCUGUUGUAUACUCAGAGGAGAAGCAGGAGCGUUUAGUUUGGUUGUUGAAAAUAGUAUUACUAACGUUGCAAAAUGCUAGCGGGAGUGGAAAUCUUUUCAGUUUUGUUCCAGAAUUCUAUUUAGAAAUUUUAGUGGAUUUGAUCAACAAUUUGAAAACUCACAUGCACCCAACAGUAUCCAUAGAAAAUAUUCCAGAUUUUCAAGAACUUUUGAAAGACAUCGCUCAAUUUUUAUGUGAUCAUUAUAAGGAUGAUCGUAUUGUCAAUGCGAAUUCGAAGGACACGAUGAUUUUAAUGCUGGCUGGUUUCGCCUCCAAUCCAAUAACACUCAACGCGUUAGAAAGUGUUUCUCGAGAAUCGAGAUUGAAGAUGGUUUCGAAUUUGAUCAGAUCGUAUGAAAAUAGAGCUUGGGCACAGUCAAAUUUUAUUUUGGUGAGAUUUUGGCAAGGUAAUGGUUUUGCAUUUCGCUAUGAUAAAAGUCCACAUCUUAAUAAAAAAGUUGGACCAAAAAUAUUAAAUUUAGAAGCAACGUCGCAACCUCUGCAACCGUGCCCAUCUUUGGUAUUCCAAGGUCACAUAAAAGAAGUUCUGAUGAACAACAAUCAAGCAACUACGUUGUUUUUGAAUUCAUUAUUAAAUCGUUUGAACUGGGCAUUCUCCGAAUUCAUUGGAAUGAUUCAAGAAAUUCAUAAUGCGUCGUCAAGGCCAGAGCGAGUGUUCAUUGAGUCGCGACAAUUAAAAAAGUGUGCCACUUGCUUCGAGUUGGCUGUUUCGCUAUUGAGGGUUUUAGAAAUGAUUGCUUCCUGCGCUCCCGAUGUGUUUUGCGACUUUAAUUUGUCAUCUAGUGAGAAUCUUCUUGCCAGGUUAUCUCAGUUACUCUGUCAAAUAUUAAAUCGAACUAGUAUGCAGACCAGUUCUUUCCAGCACAUUGUGUUAUUAGAUAUACCAGACCUUCAGACAGUUGAUCAUUUUCCAAUUUUAACUGCUGUUAUGGGAAUAAUUAUAGCUUUAUUGAAAGAUGAUUUGUCAUUGACUGAGUCAGACGAAAUUCCUACAGUGACAAAAGUCUUAUUAACUGAACCUAGCUUCCAAAUGGCUUCUUUGUAUUUUGUAUUAGGUGAUGUGAAAAAUACAAAAAUGAAAAAUUUAAAACCCUUUUCAUUCCAAAAUUAUCAAGGCCCAGAUGGAAUAUCACAGACGGAAAUAGAAACAGUGAAGAAAGUUAUUCAACACUUAGAUAUUGCUCGUACGAAAUUACCAUUAACGGAGACUCCCUGCAGCGACGACGAUCUCUGCACGAUAUGUUACGCUUAUCCGAUAACCGCAUGCUUCAAACCGUGUAAUCAUUCUUCUUGCCGCGCUUGCAUAGACAGACACCUUUUGAACAGUAGAAAUUGCUUUUUCUGCAAGGCAACAAUCAAUCAAGUCGUAACGACCGAAGGCAAAGUUUUACACGAGUUCUCCAGCGACUCGUCGACUAUCGAUUCCAUGGACUCGGACGCGUAGCAGCCUUAAAAAACAACAAACUAAAUUUAUCUUGUUAUCUCUGUGAAGUUAAUGUUACUAACGUGAAAUUUUAAGAGGACGACGGUGGUUGUAAAAUAAUAAAAAACGCUCUUUAA